CGUACCUUCACAACUUCUGGAGUCUCUCCGGAAGUACGCGCAAGACAGGAUGGUGAGAUAUUCUUGGGCACAAGCAGUGCUUGCCCUGUCUUCGAUUGCCUGUGCUCAGGACUCGUCUUCACUUCCUCCCGCAGAUGGCUUGACGACUUCAGCAUAUGCCACAAGCACAGGCUCAGUGGGAACUGCCACUGUCGGCGGCGCCACAAGCACGUACUCAGUGCAGUUCACAAUGCCAGCAGCUGCCGACGUUGGACCACACCUUUUGCCAAAUGUCAAAGACCCCAAUGCAAAGCAAGCCCAGCAAUUGUGCCCCGGUUACCAGGCCAGUAAUGUGAUGCACACGGCCAAUGGCUUUACGGCAACACUCAGCUUAGCCGGCGACGCUUGCAACAUCUACGGUACCGACAUCGAAACGCUUUCGCUCGAGCUAGAUAUUCAGAGUGCGCAUAGACUACGCCUCAACAUCCAUCCGGCAUACCUCGACAGCACCAACACGAGCCAGUACAUCCUCAGCGAAGAUCUAGUGCCUGUACCACGACAGGGCUUUGCUUCAGCUGACACACAAGACAUUGACUUACAAUUCCGUUGGACCAAUGAUCCUACCUUUGGCUUCACUGUGGUUCGCAAGUCGACCGGAGACAUUCUAUUCGACACUACUGGCAGCGUGCUGGUGUAUGAAAAUCAGUUCAUUGAGUUCGUCUCUCAAAUGCCUGAGAACUACAACAUCUAUGGCAUGGGUGAGCGAAUCCAUGGCCUGAGACUUGGCAACAACUUUACUACGACCUUCUACGCAGCAGACGCAGGAGAUCCAAUUGACCAAAACAUUUAUGGCACCCACCCAUUCUAUCUCGACACCAGAUAUUUCCAAGUAGACAACGAGACUGGCGCGCAUACCCUUGUCGCCAAUACCUUGAACGCCAAGUCUGACGAGGAGUAUGUUGGCAUAAGCCAUGGUGUUUUCCUCCGCAACGCUCAUGGAAUGGAGGCACUGAUGAACCCUACCAAUCUGACCUGGCGCACACUUGGUGGAAGCAUUGAUCUUUAUAUCUUUGACGGACCUACUCCUGACAUGGUCACCAAGCAGUACCAGAUUGGUGCCAUUGGCCUUCCAGCUAUGCAACAGUACUGGAGCUUUGGUUUCCAUCAAUGCCGCUGGGGUUACAAAAACUGGUCCGAAGUCGAAGCUGUUGUAGACAACUACCGCAAGUUCAACAUUCCCCUCGAGACCGUCUGGACUGAUAUCGACUACAUGUUCCAGUAUCGCGACUUCGAGAAUGACCCCAACACGUUUCCGUACCCUGAAGGCCAGGAGCUGCUCAGUCGCCUGCACGCUAACGGUCAACACUAUGUGCCAAUUGUUGAUUCAGCAAUCUACAUCCCUAAUCCCAACAACGCCUCCGACAACUAUUCGGUCUAUACUGAUGGCAACGACCGCAAUGUAUUCUUGAAUAACCCAGAUGGCAGCCAAUACAUUGGCGCUGUAUGGCCUGGCUAUACUGUCUUCCCUGACUGGCAAUCAGAGGAGGCUGUUGCUUGGUGGACUGAUAGUAUGCACGAACAUCAUGACAAUAUUCCGUGGGACGGCAUCUGGAUCGACAUGUCAGAGGUUUCCUCCUUCUGCAUUGGCAGCUGUGGUACCGGCAAUCUUUCCUUGAACCCAGUUCACCCGCCUUUCGGACUGCCAGGAGAGGAGGGUAGCAAGAUCUUUACCUAUCCCGAAGGAUUCAACUUGACCAACGCGACCGAGGCAGCUACAGCUGCUUCCCUGUCUGCCUCCCAGGCUUCUGCUGUUGCUGCUGCCACUCCGGCUGGUACUAGCACUACUGCCUAUUUCACCCCGCCAGCAGUCACACCAGGUGUUCGCAACGUCAAUCAGCCGCCCUACGUCAUCAACAACGUCAACGGAGACCUCGCUGUCCACGCCGUUAGCCCGAAUGCGACUCACCACAAUGGUGUUGAGGAAUAUGACGUGCACAACCUUUUUGGACACCAGAUUCUCAAUGCCACCUACCAGGCUCUUCUCGACGUCUUCCCAGGCAAGCGACCAUUCAUCAUUGGCCGAAGCACCUACGCUGGUAGCGGAAAAUGGGCUGGCCACUGGGGUGGUGACAACACCAGCUUGUGGGCCUACAUGUACUUCAGCAUUGCUCAGGCUCUCAACUUUGCACUCUUCGGUGUUCCCAUGUUCGGCGUCGACACCUGUGGCUUUAAUGGAAACUCGGAUGAAGAGCUGUGCAAUCGAUGGAUGCAGCUAUCUGCCUUCUUCCCGUUCUACCGCAACCACAAUACUCUCUCGGCAAACUCGCAGGAGGCAUACGUGUGGGCAUCUGUGGCUGAUGCAUCUCGCAAAGCUAUGGCCAUCCGAUAUGCUCUGCUGCCAUACAUGUACACCCUGUUCUAUUUGGCUCACUCUACUGGCUCGACUGUCAUGCGCGCCCUGAGCUGGGAGUUCCCUAACGAUCCAUCUCUCGCCGCCGUUGACACUCAGUUCAUGCUUGGUCCUGCCAUCCUGGUAACACCUGUUCUUGGCCAAGGCAUGACUGAGGUUCAAGGUGUCUUUCCAGGCGUCAAGGAAGGUGAAGUCUGGUACGACUGGUACACGCAGACUGCUAUCGAGGCCCAGCCAGGCGAGAAUAUCACUCUUGCCGCACCGUUAUCUCACAUCAAUGUUGCCGUUCGUGGUGGAUACGUGUUGCCACAACAGGAAGCACUCUACACCACGAGCGAAUCUCGCAACAGCUCGUGGAGCCUGAUCGCUGCACUCGACGCUAACGGCGCUGCAUCUGGUAUCCUCUACGUCGAUGAUGGUGAGAGUGUGAUACAGAACUCCACACUUAUCGUCGACUUCACGGCCACCAACGGCAGCCUCUACGCUUCUAGCCGAGGUCUGUAUGAGGACACCAACAGUCUCGCAAACGUUACCGUCCUCGGUGUGCAGAGCGAGCCAACCUCGGUCUCCUUCAAUGGCAAGACUGGCUCGAAGAAGGCGAAGGCGGUCGAUAAGCCGAAGAGGGAUAUAAAGGUACGCAACAAAUACGACACUUUCCGAGCGCCUUAG